UUUUGGCACGUUAGGUGGACUUAACCGGAGGCUAUCAUGAUGCCGGAGACAACCUAAAGUUCAAUUUCCCAAUGUCCUUUACCACCACAAUGCUAUCAUGGUCCACUCUUGAAUAUGGCAAGAAAAUGGGCCCCCAAUUACAAUCUGCACGAACCGCCAUCCGUUGGGCCACCGACUACCUCCUCAAGUGUGCAACCGCAACCAGCGGCCGGCUCUACGUCGGCGUGGGUGACCCGAGUGCAGACCAUAAGUGUUGGGAGAGGCCAGAGGACAUGGACACUGUCCGAAGUGUGUAUUCGGUAUCACCGAGCAAUCCGGGAUCAGACGUCGCCGGAGAAACAGCAGCGGCAUUGGCGGCGGCUUCGAUGGUUUUUCGAAAAGUUGAUCCGGUUUACUCGAAAUUGCUGUUGAAAACUGCUAAGAAUGUUAUGCAGUUUGCAAUUCAGUAUAGAGGAUCCUAUAGUGAUUCACUUGGAUCGGCUGUUUGCCCUUACUAUUGCUCAUACUCCGGCUACAAGGAUGAGCUGUUAUGGGGAGCUGCAUG